GGCAGGAAGUCCAAGAUCACGGCAUAGGCAAGUUUGAAACGUGACUGAGGAGGGCUCUUCUCUCCAUCCAAGAUGGCACCAGAGGGGACUGUAGCAGGACAGAGAGGAUGGAAGUGACAGCUUGCUGUCUUCUCUUGUGGGUUCACCAUUUCUCCUAUCUGGAUGGAAAGUCCCGUGAAGGGAACAACUCACCCACCUUUGUCACCUACGCUGGGUGCUCUGUCGGGACCCAAAGACAGGGGCUGUGGCCUUUGCCACUUCUGGGCAAUCUUGGGGAGGAAAGACGAGCAUGUGUGAGAUCGAGAGAAUUUCUUCUCAAGCUGGAUUUGCAUGUACUUGACUUUAAAAGGAAAAAAAAAAAAAAAAGGAACCGAGAGAGUCCCCGGCCCCUGGGUGGGAGGAACGCCUGGCAGAAGCUACCGGAGCUGCACGCUCAGCGCCUCAUGCUCCCCGCAGUCAUGUUGAGCCUGUACAGCAACACUGGGCGGCACCCAGGCCUGGCAGGGAACUUGCAGGAGGAGGAGGAGGAGGAAGAUGGAGAUGACUACGAGAACACAGCGCCGCCCUAUAAGGACCUUCCCCCCAAGCCAGGUUCCCUGGCUCCGCCGAGGCCCCCCAAGGCAGGAAAUAAAGUGGAGAACCCCCCUCUUCCUCUCAAGCCCCCAAAGACUACAGCCCUGGAUCUCCCCGCAGUCACCUGUACGCCUCUUCCCUCGGGUGUCAACUUUCGGGAGCCUCCUUCAUUCCUGUCAUCCAUAACUACCUCAGCCCCACCAACUCCAGUGCCCUGGAUCAGUCAGAAGUCCGGGGGUUCUGGGUGCCGACGAGAGGACAGGUGGUUGGUGUUCCUGUGUCUGCUGGUGGUGACGUCGCUGCUCCUGAGUGGCGUCAGUCUCACCGUGGCCCUUCUGAAGUACCAGGAGGUGGCGGAGGCGCUGAGGAUGGUAUCCGUGCAGCAGCGGGCAUGGCAGGAGAACGUGACCGGCAUGGUGGGGCUGGCAGGCCUGAAGAAGGACAUUGACCGUGUAAGAGCUGACAUGAACCAGUCCCUGGUGGAGCUUCAGGGCUUAUUAAAAUGUACCAGGGUCACCUGCCCUGACAACUGGCUGCCCUUUGAGAGCAAGUGCUACUACUUCUCCCCGAGCACCAAGUCAUGGGAUAACGCCCGGAAGUUCUGCCAGGAGAACUACUCUCACUUGGUCAUCAUUGAUAGCCUUGCUGAGCAUAAUUUUGUGGCCACGGCUCACGGCUCUUCGCGGACUUACUGGCUGGGGCUGAAUGAUAAAGAGCGAGAAGGGGACUGGAGGUGGCUGGAUGGCUCUCCUGUCACGUUAAGCUUCUGGGAGCCGCAGGAACCCAACAACAACCUGGGAGAAGACUGCGCCAGUAUGAAUAAAGGCGGCACCUGGAACGAUCUCUCCUGCACCAAAACCACGUAUUGGAUUUGUGAGCGGAAAUGUUCCUGCUGAACCGGCUCUUGGAGGGGAGCCUCCUGCCCUGUCAUGAUAGGCUCUGCCUCUUGGCGAACUCACACGGAUGUGUAGCGGGUGGCGGCCUGGUUGUAGCACGUUCUCAGUGACGCCAGCCAGGCCAUCCGCUUCAGAAGGACGGUGAGCUGGAGGCCGCUGGGUCUUGGUGGUGUGAGUUGUGGGAUAUGGAGGACAUUCGUCAGAUUUUGACGAUCAUGACUCUUGAGAGGUGACUGAUGUGGGUGCUCUGGGUCUCACACUGCAUCAGGCUGCCACAUUCUGGCUUCUGUGCAUCAUGACAAGAUGGAACUGGAACUGGGCUCCUCUACUGCCCCCUUGAUAUGGAGCAGCGGCUGGGAAGUGGCUGGGGGUAGAACAACCUGAUGACCAAUGUUCUCAAUGUCUUAUGGGACAUUUGUACAAGUGAGGUGGCAGAAUCAUGCCUCUGCCGAGACCUGCCCUGUGGAAUAUAUUUAUUUUGUUUGUUUGGUUUUUGUUUUGGACACAGGGUCUCGCUGUGUAGUUCAGGCUGGCCUUGAACUCACUAUGUACUUCUGGCUGGCCUUGAACACACGGCUAUCCUUUUCUCAGCCUCUCGAGUGCUGGAUUUACCGGCAUGUACCACGACGCCUGUGGAAUUUCGAGAAAGGCAGAUCAGCUGAAAAGCAAGACUUCCACAUGGUAGAGCUGGCCCAUGCCGUGACUGGGUCAGGUCCACAGGACAGGGAUGGAGAUUCCUGCCUACAUGUGCACCUGAGCUGUGUUGUACACUGUAAAAUGUUUGAUGUUACCACUUCACAUCUGUGUGGACUUUUUGUGGCUGUUCGCUCUUGCAGUGUUAGUGCUUCUCAAAUGUCACUUCCUUGUGUGGUGCUGG